ACAGGGCAGAGACGCCCGAGGCUUCCGGGAGGAGUCACGAGGGAGCGCCUGAGCGGCUCGCAGCACCGCGCAUGUCCAGUGCGCAGUGAGUUCCGGGAGAGACGGCGGCCAGCGGCAGGGGCUGAGAUGGCCGCCGCCGGGCCGCGCGCCGGGAACGCGGCUUCAGCAGGCCGGAGUUGCCGCGCAGAGGCCAUGGCGUGUGUCCUACCUAUGCUGUUGGUGCCUGUGCCUGCUGAGGCGACGGGGCGCCUGGGGCUCCGGGCGCAGCUGCACAGAAAGCAGGAGGCCCUCGGGAGUCUGACACCCGCGGGCAGCCUUCAGGUGCUUUCCUUGGUGCCGGGCGGCCCGCGCGGGGGCAGCUGCGGCCUCCAGGGCCCCUUCCAGCAGUUUACGUGGGAGGAUUUUGAUAACGGCAGCACACCAACACACAAGCCCAAAUUGCUUGCUCUUAGUGAAAAUUAUGAACUGCUUAUCUAUGAAUUUAAUUUGGAAGAUGGAAGAUGUGAUUCAGCUGUAUUGUACAGCUGUAGUGUAAAGACUCUGCAAAAGCUCGUUGAAGAUCAAGGUGUCAGUAUUUCCUUACUGUCUUUGAGAAUUCUGUCAUUUCACAAUAACACAUCAGUACUGUUCAUCAACAAAUGUAUCAUCCUACAUGUUGUGUUUCCUGAGAGAGACGCUGAGAUUAGAGUACUCAGCUGUUUUACAUUACCCUUGCCUGUACAGACAGUGGACACCAUCAUUGACUCGCAGCUCUGCAGAGGAAUUCUCUUUGUUUUGAGUAGUUUAAGCUGGAUCCAUAUUUUUGACACUGUGAAUGGCACAUAUGUAGCUUAUGUGGAUUUAGCACUUCACCAAGAAGAUAUGUACAAUGAACAGCAACAGGAGCCAGCCAAGAUUUCUUCCUUUACCUCAAUGAAAGUGUCUCCAGACCUGGAUGUUAUAGUGAUUGUCAGCUCCAACUCUGCAGUUGCUCUUAACUUAAAUUUAUAUUUCAGGCAACAUCCAGGAUACUUACUAUGUAAAAGAACAUUAGAAGACCUUCCUGUUCAAGGACUUAAGGGGAUAGAUGAAGAUGAUCCUGUUAACUCUGUCCACAGCAUGAAACUGACCAAGUUUUCCUUCCAAGUUGAUAGGUCUUGGAAUGCCCAGCUAUUAUCAUUGAAUGAAAGAAUAAAGAGCUCCAAACUAGAGAUUUCUUGUUGUGCUCCAUGGUUCCAGGAUAUUUUACAUUUGGAGUCUCCUAAAUCUGGUAAUCGUGGUACCAGUGUGUCAAGCUGGGUUUUUGUUUCACAGGACAUAAUGCGGGACCAGUAUAAUCUUCCACAGAAAGAUCAUGCCCAGACCAGUGACCCUGGAAGAUUCUGGAAAAUAAUGCACCUCAGUGAACAAGAGGAACCCACAGAACUUAACUGUGUGUCUGUGACAGGAUUCACUGCACUGUUUACUUGGGCAGUGGAAAUGAGUGACAAGUACACCAUUCUCCUCUGGGAUUUGGAGACCCAGGGGUUGCAGUGUUUCUCUCUUGGCCAGAAGUGUAUUCCUGUAGACAGCAGUGGAGACCAGCAGCUGUGCUUUGUUUUGAUGGAAAAUGGACUCUCUUUGAUUUUGUUUGGUUUGACUCAAGAGGAAUUUUUAAACAGACUAAUGAUCCAUGGAAGUGCCAGCAUUGUGGACACUCUUUGUCAUCUCAACGGGUGGGGGAGGUGCUCAAUUCCCGUACAUGCACUAGAGGCCGGGAUAGAAAAUCGGCAGCUUGAUACUGUAGAUUUCUUCUUGAAGAGCAAAGGAAAUCUUUUUACUGCAUCCUCAGAAUCUUCUGUACCUGAUCGAUUUGAUCACUUUCCAUCCCAAUUAUAUUUAAGAAAUGUGGAAGAGCUGACACCAGCUUUGGAUUUACUUUGUUCAGCAAUUAAAGAAAAUGAUUCUGAAACCCAAAGCAAACAGUUUUCAGAACAGUUGCUUACUCUUACACUAUCGUUCCUUAACAAACAAAUAAAGGAGCUUUUUAUUCACACUAAAGAGCUAGACGAACAUCUACAGAAAGGAGUGAACAUUUUGACCAGCUACAUUAAUGAUCUUCGAACUUUCAUGAUAAAGUUUCCUUGGAAGCUAACAGAUGCUAUAGACGAAUAUGAUGUAAAUGAAAAUAUCCCUACAGUAAAGGAGAGCACUAUUUGGGAGAAGCUCAGCUUUGAGGAAGUUAUUGCUAGUGCUAUUUUACACAACAAAAUACCAGAGGCACAGACCUUCUUCAGGAUGAAUAAUCAUUCUGCUCAAAGACUUGAGGAGCUGAUUAGAAUAGGCCUAGAUUUGGUCUUUGUCAAUUUAAAAAAGAACAAUAUAAAGGAAGCCUCUGAGCUUUUGAAGAAUAUGGGCUUUGAUGUAAAAGACCAGCUGCUGAAGAUAUGUUUCUAUACAACUGAUAAAAAUAUUCAGAACUUUUUGGUUGAAAUUUUAAAAGAAAAAAAUUUUCUUUCUGAAAAAGAGAAAAGAACUAUACACUUUGUACAUCAAGUUGAAAAGUUUUAUUCGGGAUACCUCCAAGAAAAUAUGCAGAUCCAGUCCUUUCCCAGGUAUUGGAUAAAGGGACAAGAUUUUUUCAAGUACAAAUCUGUUUUGGACUCAUUCCUCAAAUACGAUCAUAAAGAUGAGUUUAACAAACAAGACCAUAAAAUUGCAUUAAACUGGGCUCAGUGGUGGGAUCAGCCAACAGAAGAAUAUAUGCUUCUCCCCAGAAUAAGUCCAGAAGAAUAUAAGUCAUAUUCUCCUGAAACCCUCUGGAGAUACCUAACAGCUCAUCAUGAUUGGUUAAGCAUUACCUUGUGGAUUGGAGAAUUUCAGACCCAGGAAAAUUACAUGUCACUUCAGCAGAACAAAUGGCCCCCUCUGACUAGUGAUGUUAUUGAUCAGAAUACUUGCUGCAACAACUACAUGAAGAAUGCAAUUUUAGAUAAGCUAGCCAGGAAUGGGAUUUUUCUUGCAUCUGAACUAGAAGACUUUGAACUCUUGCUCCUAAGACUGAGCCGAACUGGGGGUGUGAUACAAGAUACCCUCCCUGUUCAAAACUACAAGACCAAAGAGGGCUGGGAUUUCCAUUCUCACUUCAUUCUCUACUGCUUAGAACAUGGUCUGCAGCAUCUUCUUUAUGUCUAUCUUGACUGUUAUGAACUCAAUCCUGAAAAUUGUCCUUUUUUGGAAAAGAAAGAAUUACAUGAAGCUUACCCUUGGUUUGAAUUUUUAGUUCAGUGUCAACAAGUUUCCAGUAAUUUGACAGAUCCCAAACUGAUCUUCCAUGCUAGCCUUGCGAAUGCUCAGAUUUUGAUUCCCACCAAUCAGGCCAGCAUAAGCAGUAUGCUGUUGGAAGGCCAUACCCUCCUGGCCCUUGCUACUACAAUGUAUGCUCCUGGGGGUGCCAGCCAGGUUGUUCAGAAUGAAGAAAAUGAGAACUGUUUGAAGAAAGUGGAUCCCCAGCUACUCAGGAUGGCCUUAACUCCUUACCCAAAGUUAAAAGCUGCUCUCUUCCCACAGUGCACUGCUCCUAGUGUCCUGCCAUCUGAUAUUACACUCUACCACCUCAUUCAGUCAUUGUCGCCCUUUGAUCCUAGCAGAUUGUUUGGCUGGCAGUCUACCAAUACACUAGCAAUAGGAGAUGCACUGAGUCAUCUCCCACAUUUCUCUAGUCCUUGCCUGGUAAAUAAAUACGCUGUAGUGGAACGUCUGAAUUUUGCUUAUUAUUUACAUCAUGGACGCCCGUCAUUUGCAUUUGGUACUUUUCUGGUCCAGGAAUUAACCAAAAGCAAGACUCCCAAGAAGCUGAUCCAGCAAGCAGGGAAGGAAGCCUGUAUCUUAGGGCUCUCUUCUUUCCACAUACCUUCCAUAGGAGCUGCCUGUGUAUGUUUCCUAGAAUUGCUUGGCCUUGACAGCCUCAAGCUCAGAGUUGAUAUGAAAGUGGCCAAUAUAAUUUUGAGUUACAAGUGUAGAAAUGGAGAUACUCAGUACAGCUUUAUCCAAGAGACUUUAGCUGAGAAAUUGUCUAAACUGGCAGAUGAUGAAAAGGCAACUACAGAAGAAUUGCUUGUUCUCUUAGAAGAAGGUACAUGGCAUAGCAUUCAGCACCAGGAAAUAAAGAGGUUAUCCAGUGAAUCUGAGAGCCAGUGGGCAUUAGUGGUACAGUUUGGCAGGCUCCACCAUACGAAACUGAGCACAUCCUACCUUAGAGAAUGUGCCAAAGCAAAUGACUGGCUGCAGUUCCUUAUUCAUAGCCAGCUCCAUGACUUCCAACCAGAGGAGGUGAAACCCCUCCUUCAGUGUUUCAGCCCAGUCCUUCAAGAUCACUUACAGCUGGCUUUUGAAAACUUGUCCUCAGUGUCCAACUCUAGAGUGGACAGUGAUCAAGUCAGUACCAGGUCCCCUCAGAAACUUCAGAGAAACAGAGAAGAGAAGACUAAUUUCUUUGAAGUUCUGCUCCUGUGCGCAGCGAAACCAGACUCCUGGCGUUGGCUCCUGGCUGAAGCAGUGAGACACAAAGCCCCUGUCCUCAGUGUCCUGGCUUCAUGUCUCCAGGAUGCCAGCGCUGUUCCCUGUCUCUGUGUUUGGAUCAUAACCUCUGUGGAGGAAAGUAUUGCUACUGAAGUAAGGGGACAUAAUCGGGGCUUGACAGAAAACUAUACCUGGGACCUUGAGGACCUUUCCAUAGUCUGGAGAACAUUAUUAACAAGGCAGAAGAGCAGAACUCUUAUCAGAGGCUUCCAGCUUUUCUUUAAGGAGUCCCCGUUACUGCUGAUGAUGGAGGUAUAUGAACUGUGUAUGUUCUUCAAGAAUUAUAAGGAAGCCAAAGCUAAACUUCUGGAGUUCCUGAAAAGCCUCAAAAAACUUGACACAGCAACUACAAGAGUCCACCCUGUCCUCCCUGCUGCAUGGCUCAGGGACCAGGUGUGUUUCCUUUUGAAGCUUAUGCCACAGCAGUGUCAGACGCAGUAUGAGCUGGGGAAGCUCUUACAGUUGUUUGUUGGAACAGAGCAUCUCUUUUCUGAUGAUCCAGAUAUAAAGAAGCUGUGUGUCCUUAGCCAAAUUUUGAAGGAUACAUCUAUACCCAUUAAUCAUACAGUUAUUACCAGCUACAGCAUUGAAAUUUUUCAGCAUGAAUGUAGAUCUAUUUUGGAAAGACUGCAGACAGAUGGACAGUUUGCUUUGGCCAGGAGAAUAGCAGAAUUAGCUGAAUUACCUGUGGACAACUUGGUUAUUGAAGAGAUAACACAGGAAAUGCAGGCGCUAAAGCACGUGAAACAGUGGUCCCUGAAACGAGCAAGAAUUGACUUCUGGAAAAAAUGCCAUGAGACUUUUAAGAAGAAUUCCAUUUCAAACAAAGCAGCUUCUUCCUUUUUCUUCUCCCAGGCCCAAAUGGCCUGUGAUCACUCAGCUGGAAGAGGCAGCACUGAGGAGCGCCACCUGCUGCUUAUUCUGGCUGGGCACUGGCUUGCCCAGGAGGACCCCGUGCCCUUAGACAAGCUAGAGGAGCUGGAGAAGCAGAUCUGGGUCUGCCGCAUCACCCAGCAUACCCUCCAAGGGCAGCAGCAGGAAGCAGAGCCGAGAUUUUCUCAACAGAUCUCAACUAGUGGUGAACUGUCCCUUGAUAGCUUAGCCAGUGAGUUUUCCUUCUCCAAGUUGGCUGCUCUGAACACAUCAAAAUACUUGGAACUUCAUGGCCUUCCAAACAUAGAGACUUGUGAGAGUAGACUGGACUGGAAGGAGCAGGAAUCACUGAACUUUCUGAUUGAGCGUCUGCUGGAUGAUGGCCAUGUGCAUGAGGCAAGUAGAGCGUGCCGAUAUUUUCAUCUCUAUAACCGAGAUGUCACCUUGGUGUUGCACUGCCAAGCCUUGGCCUCAGGGGAAGCAAGUGUGGAUGACCUGCACCCAGAGAUCCGUGCUGUCCUACAAAGUGCUGAGCUGCACGAGGAAGAAGAGGAGCCUGACAUUCCAGGGAAAGUGCAAAGCACUUCAAGUGUGGACAGUCAGUCAUGUGUGAUGGUGCCCCCAAGUGAUGAAGUGGUGACAAAUCUGGAAACUCUUACAAGCAAAUGCCUCUAUGGGAAGAACUACUGCCGGCAGAUCCUCUGCCUGUAUGAACUUGCCAAGGAGCUGGGCUGUUCCUACACAGAUGUUGCUGCCCAGGGCGGCAAGGCCCUACUCCAUGCAAUCCUGGCCUCCCAGCAGCCUGACCGGUGCAGACGUGCCCAGGCCUUCAUCAGUACACAGGGCCUCCCUCCAGACACUGUGGCUGAACUUGUGGCUGAAGAAGUGAUGCAGGAGCUGCUGACCUCAUCUGAGGGAACAGGACAUAAGCAGGUGUUCAGCCCAGCAGAGGAAAGCCAGACAUUUCUUCAGCUGACUGCUCUGUGUCAAGACCACACCUUGGUAGGAAUGAAGUUACUGGAUAAGAUUUCCUCUGUUCCUAAUGGACAGCUGUCUUGCACCACAGAGCUCCUGAUCCUGGCUCAUCACUGCUUCACCCUAACAUGCCAUAUGGAGGGCAUCAUGCGAGUCCUGCAGGCCGCCCGGACGCUCACAGAUAACCACUUGGCUCCCAACGAGGAGUAUGGGCUGGUGGUCCGGCUCCUCACUGGCAUUGGAAGGUACAAUGAGAUGACGUACAUAUUUGAUUUGCUGCAUCAAAAACACUACUUUGAAGUGCUGAUGAGGAAGAAGCUGGAUACGAGUGGGACCCUGAAGACAGCCCUGCUGGACUACAUUAAACGCUGCCGCCCUGGAGACAGUGAGAAGCACAACAUGAUUGCCCUGUGCUUCAGCAUGUGCCGAGAGAUCGGGGAGAACCAUGAGGCAGCUGCCUAUAUCCAACUGAAACUGAUCGAGUGUCAGGCCUGGGAGGACAACCUCAAGGAUGGGCAGCAGCUGAAGCAGCUGCUGUUGAAGGCCCUGACCUUGAUGCUGGAUGCAGCCGAGAGUUAUGCCAAGGACUCCUGUGUGCGACAGGCCCUGCACUGUCACCGGCUCACCAAGUUGAUAACACUACAGAUUCACUUUCUGAACACUGGCCACAACACAAUGGUCAUCAACUUAGGCCGCCAAAAGCUGAUGGACUGUAUCACGGCCCUGCCUCGGUUUUACCAGGCAUCUAUUGUAGCCGAGGCCUAUGACUUUGUUCCAGAUUGGGCCGAAAUUCUGUACCAACAAGUGAUUCUUAAAGGAGACUUUAAUUACUUGGAAGAAUUUAAGCAACAAAGGUUAUUAAGACCCAGUAUAUUUGAAGAGAUUUCAAAAAAAUGUAAACAUCAGCCUACUGACACAGUCACAGAAAACCUGAAGAAGUUACUCUCGUACUGUGAAGAUAUCUACUUGCAUUACAAGUUGGCGUAUGAACACAAAUUUUAUGAAAUUGUAAAUGUGCUUCUGAAGGACCCUCAAACAGGCUGCUGUCUGAAGGACAUGCUUGCAGGCUAGAUGGAUUUCAGAGACACCAGUGGUCUUGAAAUGACAGAAGGUUCUGACAAAUGUCCAUGAUCAAGAGUAGAAUGAAUGCACCGGGCAGCUUGUGGUCUGAAUUGGGAAGGCCCAGAACCUAUACCAUCUCAGUCCUUUGUGGGUGGUGGAUAUUGAAGGAGAGAAUUUUCAGCAGGAAAUUCCUGUUUGGAAGUGAUUGCUCAUCUACGCCAUUUUACACGGAUGCUGGUAAUUAAGAUCAAAAGCUUCUUCAUGAUGACUGCUGCAUUAGGAGGUGAUACAAUGAUUGAAGGAUACCUAUGCCUGCAGAUUCCAGUUUCAAAGAAAUUUAAUAUUAUUUACACAGUUAAGGAACAGGUGAUACAUUUUCAUUUGUUAGAAACUGAUCUUUCUAUAAAAUAGAUUUUAAAUUCUGUGUAUGUCAUUAGUGCUAAGGAAAUCUUAGCCCUUGUCUGCCUUAAAACAGUAUUUGAUAUAAUUAUUGCUGUGCAGUCAGGCCUUCUAUUAAUUCACCAACUCAUUUAUGUCGUCCUGUUUUACACUUAAGUCUACAGAGCCAAGGAUCCUAUUUCCUAGGGAAAUAAUAUAUUUUUUGCUCUGGUUGUGAUAAUUGGGACAAAAAAAGAUGAACCCACUUUUUUUUUUUUUUUUGGUACCAGGGAUCAAACUCGGGUCCUUGUGGUUGCAGGGCAGGCAGUGGAACCACUGAGAUAAAUCCCUGGCCCCAAACCCACAGCUUGUAACCAUAACCUGAGUUGUAGGCUCCAUUACUCCAAAUAAAUAGUUCUUAAAGUACUUAAUUAGGCCUUAGUAUCUAAACAAAAUAAUUUCCCAAAUAAAUAGCCUUAUAGAUUUGUUGCUCUGUGGUGACACUAUUAACAACCUAGCACACCAUCCUUGUUUUAAAGCUGUAACUACACCAAGCAUUGAUUAAGCUUAAGUAUACAGAUAAUUUUAGUCCCAAGAGCUGUGUUCUGUGCUCUCCAAAAAUAUCUCUUGGGAUGUAACACAAAAUUUAAGUCCUCACAAUAGUAAUUUUAUUAAAUUAGUUACUUUAUAAAACAUUGCAGAUGUCAUAAUUGUGAACAUAACAGUUUACCAAACUGUAGUUAACUGGUGCAGUUUGCUGAGAAUGUUUUAUAAAGGAAAGGAAAUGCCACAACCCUGUUAAAGUUGUUCCACUGCAGCCUAGAAGAACAAAAGAGAUUUGUUUCUCAGACACUUGAAUCAGGUAGUUUCCCUCCCCCAUCCUGAAGCACGCCAUCAGUAGAAAGUCUAAUAAAUUAAAAACUAGAUGGUCUAUGCACUCCGCAGAUUCCACAGUAAUUAUUAUACUGCAGUAAUGGAGAGGUUUACCUUCUUCAGCUUCAAAGUUGGAGGGUUUUGGUCAUUUAAUUUGUAAGUAUCUUCACUCUGAGAUAAGCAGUCUUCUUCACAAUGGAUUUUUAAUAUCCUCAUGCUCAAUUUUAAGACAAAGCAAUUUUAAUACUAGGUGCACACCACAUGCCCUUGCUGCAAACUGCUUUUCUUGACAAGUUAUGAAGUAGUUCAAGGAGGUAUGGUUAAGGCUGUAUUAUUGAAUGGUGCUGGUAAAUACUACAUAAUUUUUUGUCAUGUUGCAACCUUUGUUUCCAAUUUAGUGAAUGCUGCUAUGGAAUCAUAUA